GGCCGCGGGCAGCGCGAGGGGCGUCUAGCGCCCGGCUCGGCGGGGAGCAGCGCCGCGCGCCGGGCUCCCUCUCCCCGCGCCGGCGCGAGCCAUGUCCCACCCGCGCGUGAGGCGCAACGGCUCCCCCACCCCGCCCGCCGGCCUGGGGGGAGGGGGCGCCGCCGGGGCCGCCGCUCCCACCCCUGCCGCGGCCGCCGGCGGCCCGGGGGGAGCCAGCAGCCGCCUGCAGCCCAUGCGGGCCACAGUGCCCUUCCAGCUCAAGCCGCAGCAGCACGGCAGCCCCACGCGGGGCGGCGGGGCGGCGGGUCUCCCACGCGCGGCGCCCGCCUCGCGCAGCGCCAGCCCCACGCGCGCGGCGCCCGCCAACACCAGCGGCGCGCGCGCCGGCCCGGCCGUGGCCACGCAGACGCCGGGGGGAGGCGGUGGCGGCGGCUCCGCCCCCGCCCCGUCCUCGCGCGGCAGCCCCACGCGCGCGGGGCCCAGGGGCAGCCCCCCGCGGCCGCCCGCCCCGCCGCUGCCUUCGUCGCCCUGCGCCUCGCCCGGGCCGCCGCCACCGCCUGAGGGGAGCGGCGCUGCCGGCCGCGUCCGCCAGCGCCAGAGGCGGCGCUCGCCGGAGCCGCCGCGGAGCUCCCCUGAGAGCAAGAGCCCCAGCUCCCCGGGGGCCCGAGUUGACAAAUCACGACCACCCUCAUCAAGCCCUUCUAGUAUCAUUCGUCGUACGUCAUCACUGGAUACGCUUGCAGCACCCUACCUAGCUGGGCAAUGGCCUCGUGAUAAUCAUGGACAAACUGCUCCAUGUAUGAGGGACAAAGCCACACAGACAGAGAGUGCCUGGGCUGAAGAAUAUUUAGAAAAGAAGAGAGGUUCUCACAAGCGUUCAGCGUCAUGGGGCAGCACAGACCAACUCAAGGAGAUUGCAAAAUUGCGUCAACAACUGCAGAGAAGUAAGCACAGCAGCAGGCAUCAUCGGGAUAAAGAAAGACAGUCGCCAUUCCAUGGUAACCAUGCAGCCAUUAAUCAGUGCCAGGCUCCCAUCCCAAAGAGUGCACUCGUCCCUGUGAUACCUAUCACCAAAUCAGCAGGCUCCCGAUUCCGAAACAGCAUAGAGGGCCUAAACCAGGAGAUUGAGAUAAUAAUUAAAGAGACCGACAAAGAAGAACAGCUUAUUCCACAAGAUAUUCCAGAUGGGCAUCGUGCUCCUCCUCCAGUGGUCCAGCGCAGCAGUAGUACUCGCAGCAUUGAUACCCAAACACCUGGUGGUGCAGAUAGGAGCAGUAACAACAGCAGCCGCUCGCAGUCUGUGUCCCCCACCUCAUUCCUCACCAUCUCGAAUGAAGGUAGUGAGGAGAGCCCAUGUUCUGCAGAUGACCUUCUUGCUGACUCCAGAGACAAAGAGAAUGGGAAUAAUUCUCCCCUACCCAAAUAUGCUACCUCACCGAAACCCAACAACAGCUACAUGUUCAAACGUGAACCUCCUGAAGGAUGCGAGAAGGUCAAAGUCUUUGAGGAAAGCUUGCCAAAGCCAUUGCAUGAAAUUCCAGCCUUCUACUGUCCUGACAAGAACAAAGUGAAUUUCAUUCCCAAAAGCGGCUCUGCUUUCUGCCUUGUUAGUAUCCUCAAGCCACUCCUUCCUACACAGGAUCUUACACUCAAGGGCACUACUCAUAGUCUGACUGUCUCCUCUGGCAUGACAUCCAGCUUGCUACAGCCCAUUUCUAUGGCCUCUCUAUCUGCAAACACAGAUCAAGACCGGAUCUCCCGUGGAACAAGUACAGUAACACCACAAACGUCUAUCCUCCAGCAGUCAGGACAUACUGAGGAAGCUGAGGGAUAGGUUUCUAUUCUCUUGGCAUUGUUCUGGAAAGACUUCUGGGAAAACCUUGAUCACACUUUGCAUCGUUUUAAUGGUUUAUGACAUUGUUGUAGUCAGACUGUUGUACUGCUGUUCUUAUCAACAUGACUUUGUUGGUAGCUUGCUGAAGUAUCCAGGAAGAAGCAGCAGCUGAAGCACUGCCGUACUAUGCUUAUGAAAGCUCAAAUUCAGUUUUUUGCCUGCAUUUUUUAAACAUUGGUAAAACAGAGACCAUCAGUAAUUCUUUGCCCUUGGAAGGACAAGUUAUUGUGAUACUUUGUGUCCUUAUUAGACUUUUCCAUUAUAAAAAAUCUUAAGACUGAGCAGCUGACCCCCAGUCUCUGUUGUGAUCUGCAACUAAAUGGCUUGCAAGACCCAUCUUUUGUACAAAAGAAGUAUUUUAUAACAACAAAAGUUUGCCUUUUCUGAUGCAUAGCAGGUAACAGGAUGUCUAAAAGACACUUCCCUGACCACUGUUUCCCUUUUUUGGGGAGGAGGGCUUGGUUUUCUCAGCUCUUCCAGCUGCUGGGACCAAAGGAUUAUUGACAUACUUCAGUCUCAGUCAUAUGUGAUCUUCUUCAACAGCCUGCUCCCCAUAAAUAAAAACGAAUGCAUUUGAGAAUUUCAAUAUGAAAAGAAAUAAAAAAGCUGCAUAUUAUGUGCUGUUGGAGGUUUGUGCUUUGGAAAACCCCAAUACUCUUGAAACCCCUCCCUAUCUAAAAUUUAAUUACAUAGCUGGAAAAGGCAUUUCAUAGCAUUUGUUUCAAUAGUGUAAUUUAUCCACAGAUUUUUUUUUAAUAUAUAUUUAUUUAGGGGAAGGAGUGGAACAUUUCUCCUGCACUUUUUCCCUCUUCAAAAAUCCUGUCAUUUGCCUCUUGGAAACUCAUUUGUCAUUCAGUCUGAAUCAUUAAUCACUUUUGGGGGGAAAAAAUCAUUCUGCUUGGUUCAUCGCUGUACUAUAGCUCCUAGCCACAUGAUAUUGAAAUGUCUGUGCAUGGCUUUCUCCUCCUUGUCAUGGUGCUGUUUGUGCAUCUGUUGAGGAUAAUAGUUUGUCAUGCAUGGUAUCUGACACCGUAUCCACAGCAACAGAUAUUCCCUUUUGACUAGUAACUUAGUCUAGGAUGUUAAGCAGAAGAUUUUUUGACAACUGGUUCUAGUCUGCAGCUGUUUACAUUUUCUUGUACACCUACAUGGUUCUUUUACAAUUACAAUAAAAAAUGAAAAUGAGGCGGGGGGUGUGCUUUUCACACGACUCAUUCAGGGCUUACACAGAGGCUUGCAGAUAUUGAAAGUGCACUUCUCAAGUUUGAAGAAAGAAAUAUAGUGCAAACAACUGCAACUGCUUAAUUACCAAAGUAGUUCCUGGUUAUAAAAUCAAUUGACAAGAAUGCUGUUGGGAGGCGCAGAGGUUCAAUCCUUUCAAAUUAAGUGUUGUAACGUUUAGACUCUGGGUCCAAAUAUUCAACUGCUGUACUUGAGCAGCUUUCAUUGACAGCAUUUGAUUAAUACAUGGAUCUGCUGCAUAAUCAGGCCCCUGUCUAAUUACAUUUUUUUAUGAACCAUAUCACAAGUGUGAUCAUUUUGUUUCUUCUGCAACACACUAUGAAUUUGGUUACAGAUACUUGAAUUAGGAAAAUGCGUGUGUAUCUUUGCAGUUAAGUUACCUUGUACUUUGAUGCACAGUGUUGGGUCCCAUAAAUCCCAUAAACAACUGAUAUAGCAAUAAAUGUACUAACUGAGUAAAGGUAAAUUGCACCAGCCUACACAUGUUCUGUAUUCAUGGUAUAAUGAGCCCCUUCUUAAACUUCGCUUGAUAGCCCAGCAAAUAAAAACCACCGUGGACCUUUAAGUACUGAAACUUGCUUAUUAGACCUGUUAAAUUAAUGAGUAGAGGAACAAAUCCUGCUCACUUUACUCUUUCUCAUUGGAAUCAAUGAUAUUACUUAUUUAUAGGAAUAUGAGGACUGGGUUUUGAACUAACAGAUCUGGUCUGCACCUAUAAAGCUGGGAUAGAAGGAAUUGAUAAAAAUAAGUGACUAGUGCAUCAAAACUCUAUUUUACUAGCAAUGUUUCCUUAAUCAUGAUUUCUUUGGACACACAGAGAAAUCUCUCUCCUAAAAUAUUUAAGAAUCUUGAUGGAGACUGAAGUUCAAGAUAAAUUGUUCUAGUAAUGUCAGUGUUGGGACAAAAUCUGGUACUAUUCUGACUUCAUGGAAGACAGGAACACUCAAGCCAAAGGGACUUACUUGUAUGAUAUCCAAACCAGUUUUUAAUCCCAUAGCAGUAGCAGGUAAGAGCUGCUACUAUUAAUGCUGCACAGCCUGGUGUUUUAUCAGGAGAGCUUAACCAGAUAGUUAAUUACCAAAGGGCUAAAGUCAGCAUAUGAUAAGCCUUUAUUACAGUCUUGGUAGUUAUUCAGUCUCUGUCCAGCUGCCUCCUAAUGUCCUUUGUUCAGCAGUGAGUGGCUAUUGCAAAAUACAUUGUUUCUGCAUUCUUAGAAUUGUCUUUAGUGCCCACUAGUGUAAUAAUUUAACGUUUCUCUUUUUAAGAUAGAUUAAUGCCCUAUAAGAAAUGUGCACUGGAUAAAUAGUGGGCUACUCCAGUAGGAAAUGUGAGGUUUUCAACUCUUUAUAAAAAUCAUAAAUGGAAUUCAGGAUUUUCAUAGAUUUUUUUCUGGACUGCAUUCAUUGUAUUGGCAGUUCUAUUUUACUAUGGAGCUACAGGAGUGACUCAGCAUUAUGGGUACUGACACAUACAAUUUCACUGAUAUCAGUAUCCUUAGAUAUAGUCUGUUACAAUGCAAUGUUAUCUCUGCAUUAUUCCAUAGUAAUACAAGUGGCUCCAGUUUUUAAUCCUGUUUCAUUCAGGGUUGAAUUUAGGUCAGUUUAGCUAAUUUGUAUCACUCCAUGCUGAUAUAACAGUACAAUUGCUGCAAGGUCCUGAGGAGCAGCUCCCGUCUCCCCUUUUAAAGCAGCUAAUAUGUAUGUUUGUCCAUACCCCAGAUCAGGGCUAUCUUGGGGGAGAGGCUGCAUGCCACUGGCACCACUCACAUAGUGACAAGUGGUUCUGGGCUGAAGGGCUGCCCCAGCAGCACUGAAGUUGGGUAUCUCCUCCCUAGAUAGUAAGUAACAACACCUUUUGUAUAAGAAAAGAAAAGAUAGGAUCAAAAUGUGGAAAUAUUUUGUGCCAGUGCACAAUUAUCUGGUGAAGCUUUUAGGUCAUUUUCAGGACCUUGAUCUCAGAAUAGUGUGUGGAGGAUUUUAAAUUUUUCAGAAAUUUAUUCUUUUGUCUCAUGUAUUGCUAAAGUAAUCUGACCUAAAGGGGUCAAAUUAGUCUAAUGGUACUUUAAUCCCUCAAUAGUAUAUAGGCCAAACAAUCUUUUUGAUUUCUCUAAUAUUUUAAUAAAACAGCCACUUACGUGGCUGUAUAACUUGGUAUACCUAGCACUUGAUUUUCUGGAGCGUAGUGCAUUCUCACCCACAACUGCAAGGCAAUAGGUAGCUGAGUGCUUAGCAUUACUAAAAAACCCAGGUCCCUAGGCAUUUGGGGUUGGGUGCCCCAAAAUGAUCAAUGUAAAUUCUGCAGAGUAAAUGAGGUUUAAGGCCAUUGUAUUAAUAACGUAGCCACAAGCUGGCAACUGCAACUAUUGGAAGACUUUACUUUCCCUCCCUUAUUUGAAAAACACAACAAUAUGCUUUUCUCUUUUAAAUUUAAUUUACUGUUGGUUCUUCACCUGUUUGUGAUAUCACAAGAAACUUGAUGUCAUGGAGAAAAAAGAAUGACAGAACCUCUUAGAGAUUAACUUCUUGAAGAGAAACUUUUAUAUAACAUGCUUGGUAAGAAGGGGGGGAAAAGAAAUAAUGGAGCUACUGAAUGCCAUGGAAACAAAAUUGUUUCUAAAUUUUUAAGGUUCCUGUAAAUCAACAGGAUCUCUUAAAGAACAUAUUUAUUCUCAGGGCAAUUUUUGGUUUAUACUGAACUACAGUUAUUGGAAAUCAAAUUCUGAAGUUAUUGUUGAGUACUGCAGAAGUCAAGUUCACUAGGAAAAAAAGAGUUGGGUCUACACAUGACUGAUCACUGGAACCAUGGCUGGAAGGGACCUUGAUAGGUCAUCUAAUCUGUUCUUUUGCCUCACAGCAGCAUCCUAAAUCAUUCUUGGCAAGUAUUUGUUUUAAGCAUUUCUUAAAAACAGUCCAGUUACGAUUCAACACCCCUUGUCCCCUUGAUAAUGUUUUCCAAUACCAAGAGAUUUUCCUAAUAUCCAACCUAAGUCUCUCGUCUUGUAGUUUAAGCCAGUUAAACUUCUUGUCUUAGCUUGAUGGAGAAGAGUUUGAUUUUCCUCUUUACAGUAACCUUCACAUAUUAUGUUUUUCUCAGAUACAGCUUGCACUUUUUGCCAAAAAAGCUGCUGGAAAUAGGGGAACACCAUUAUAGUGGAAAUAUGGUAACACUUUCUGCUGUUUAAGCUUCUGUCAGGCAAAAGUAACUCUGUGCAGGAUUCACAGGGAGCAGAACAGUAAGUAGUUUUGGCUCCCUCGCUACUGCUACUUGGUUACUUACUACAAAGAAAGAUUCCCUCUGUCGUCCCCCCCCCAUUCUGCCUUUCAGAAACAAGGUGCAUAUCUUAUCAGGGUAUGUUGUACAUGAGAAAAUACGGUAUUUGAAAAAACUGUUUCAGUUUAGAGAAGAUUGAAACGAGACAUAGAUCUUCAAUCUAGGUCAUUUUUCCUAGACCUCUAGUCACUUUUGUUGCUCUCCUGUAGGCUCUUUUAUUUGGUCCUGCCUCUCCCCUGUCCAAAAAUGGAAAGUUACCCAGCUGAGAUUUUACCAGUGCUGAGUAGAAUGAAAGGAUUACCUCUUGUGUCCUGUAUGCAAUACUUUAUAUCCCCCAGUAUAGAGUGUUUUCACAACAGAAUUACAUUAUUGACUUUGCUUUCAGCUUGUGAUCUACUACAACUCCUAGAUUCUCCUCUCCAGAACUACUGGAUAGACAGUCCUUCUGGUGAGAUUAAUGUCAUGCAGUGUGUGCAUGCACAUAAACACUCUGGCUGAAUUUAAGGCCUAAUACAAGUGAAGCAGUACUUAAAGCUGGUAAACUGCAGUCAAAACUGACCAAAGUGUUAGCACUUCUAGGACACCUUUUGAAUCAAGGAAUGUUGUGGUGGUAUUUGUGGGUUUUGUUUUUUUUAAGGGAGCACUGAUUAAAAGGUAAAAACUGAAGUGAUAGGGGCAGUCACGAAUGGUAUCUAUUAUCCUUUCCCAACUUUGAGGUCUCAUUUGUAUUGCCAUUGGUGUCCUGUAUUUAACAGAAUGUAAUGGUAAUGCCAAAGUUCCUUACAAGAGCACCCUCUUUACUGUCUCCUGACCAUUUCUGAAACACGGGUCCAUCUUUGUUGCAGCAGUUCACUGCCAUGGUGUCAAGAAGGAGCACAUUGCCAUUCUGGUUAAUUUUCUUUUGCUGAAAUUUCAUAGCUAUUUUGUUUUGGGGCUUUUCCUCUAACUCUUAUGGACUGAUGUAAGAUCUGUGUCUACAAGACUUCUUUUUUUCCUUAACAAACUUUCAGAUCUGUUAUUGACAUCCUGACCUGAUUCCCACAUUUUCAAUAAUAAUCUCCAAAGCAGAGCUUUGUGUGUUCCUUCAUUUAUCCUUUGCUCUCAAUUUAUCACCGCUCACAAAGGACCUGACUCAUGGGCACCUAAUACUUCGCAACUGGCAAGGCUUCACCCUGUCCCUCCGGUGUUACAGUCAAGGUGCUAUACUGGUUGCAGUUAUUGGUGUUGAGAGCCUUGGGCCCAAAGUUGAUCAGUGCAUUUUAAAACAAAACUUACUUGCUCUCAUGAAAUUCAACUUAGGGCUUAUGUGUCUCAGCCUAAAUAGGUCAAAAGUACUAUGUGCCAGCUAUGUUUCUUUAUAGUUAGUGUUCUCAUGAGCUUAUGGCCAUGGUUUUCAAAACUGCAACAUAGGCACCUAAAAUCAGGCCACAUAUUUCAAUUGUGUUAUAUGUCUACAGCACUCAUUGUCCUGGGAUUUUGUGAGCGCACAGCCACCCUGACAAUAACAGAUUUCUGUUACUUAAGUGCCUAGAUAGACAGGAGACUUGGACAUGCUUUCUGACAACGUUGGCUUGCAUCUACUGUUCAGAGGGAGAAUUUUACCUGUAUUAUAUGCAAUACAUCUAUCCUAUUUCCAGACUUUGAAUUUGAGCAAGCUGCUUUCAAAUGCAAAUAAAAUUUUGUUACUGCAUUCUUGGACUCAUUGCUUGUCUGUAGACAUGGUUUUGUGAGAGUCUCCCAUUCUGUUUUGGGAUUUAUGGUUAGCUCAGCACUAAGUGAGCAGCUGAUUUGCCAUUUACCAGAACAGCAGAUCAAUUAAUUUAAUAAAACUGGAAGUGAGCUUUUCCAAUCAGAUCUGCAAAGAAAAUUUCUCUUGAAAACUAAAGGUCAGUUUAGUGAUCAUUAAACAGGAAUAUUGUUUUCAUUUCCCACUUCAUGAACUGCUUUGCUUUUAUUAAAUAUGCAAAUUUUGAGGGUAUUGGUAUAGAGCUGCCUGGAACUGCCCCUCCAUUUUAUUUUGUAUGAGAGUUGGCUGAUGUCUUUUCCUCUGUUACACUGUGAUAAUUUGUGGAGAUGUUCUUGUAUAUAUUGUACUGAUAGGUUAUUUUGUUGCAUGUGAGGCUAUUUUCUGUAAGCGAGAGGACCUCUAGAGACGUUAUGCAGAAAGGUUUUGGUUCUGACUUAUACUGUUGUAAAACUGGGGUGACCUGGUUGACUUCAGUGGAGUUCCAGGUUUACACCAGUCUUUGAUAUGUGUACUUAUGCCAAUACUACUUUGCACAACCUUGUUUUGAAUCUGAAUUCUGAUUUGUGAACAAUUUCCACUAAAAACACUGAAAAUCUUAGAGGCAGCAAUAGUGGAAUGGGGGCUUUGCCUAAAAUAAAAAAUCAUCACUUCCAGUUAA